CCCAUCUUUCUGUAAGGUCGAAUUUUCACGACCCACUUAGUAUUUCUUGAUGAUCAUAUGUGCUAAAUUUUAAAGUUCAAAAUUUUCUAUUCUCCAUCCAUUCGAUCCUUAGUAGAUAGAGUUAUGCUGAUACCUCCCUUGUUGUACUCUUUAGUUGGCAGUUUCAUCUCGUUUGAAUUGAAUCCAUCAAGAUACUAUCGCUUGAUAUCAACGAGGCGGCAGCUCUAGUACCGGCUAGAGGCUUCAUUUGCAGAAUAUACAUAUAUAGCUAAGAAUUAAGGUGUGGGAUCGCUACUGGGCUCGUCUGUUUCUUAAUGGAAGUUGAAGCUAUAGGUGCUUCUUGAUAACGUACCGUCGGAAGAAGGGAAGAGAAGAGAAGAGAAGUAGAGAGUUGAGAGAAAUGAAUAAGAGUCUGCAGAGUCAUCAAUUGGGGUCGGGCAUCAGCAGUUCUGAUCUCAUAGAUGCAAAGCUUGAGGAGCAUCAGUUGUGCGGAUCCAAGCACUGUCCUGGUUGUGGUCACAAGCUCGAUGGAAAGCCGGACUGGGUAGGUCUACCAGCUGGGGUGAAAUUUGAUCCAACAGACCAGGAGUUGAUAGAGCACCUUGAAGCCAAAGUCGAAGGCAAAGAAUCAAAAUCACAUCCUUUGAUUGAUGAGUUCAUCCCCACCAUUGAAGGAGAAGAUGGGAUUUGCUAUACUCAUCCUGAGAAACUUCCAGGAGUUACAAGAGAUGGGUUGAGUAGGCAUUUCUUCCACAGACCAUCAAAG